AUGGGAACUGAAUCUGAUGAAGAAAUAUUUGAGGCUGUAAGAGAAGUAGAGGAGGCCGCAAAGGUUCCGCAGAAAAAAGCAAGAAAAACUAAGUCUACCGCAGAUAAGUCGCAAACUGAAAGCAAAAGAGACAAACUUAUAGAGCUAUCGAGGGAUGGUAUAAUAGAGAAGUCCGCAAGUUUUAUAAGAAAGUCUAACAAGGAUGUUGUAGAUAGACUAUACCAUGAGUAUGAAAGUCAGAGGAUGUCAUGUGCAAGAGACUUCUUAUCAACACUUAUUAUUUCAAAGUUUGCUGCGGUACUAGGAAGUUUCGGUGCAGUGGAAUCUUCAGAAAAACUGUCAGAGGAACUACUUAGUGACAAACUUCUAAAGGACGACGUAUCAUAUCUAACCAGAAUGAUAUCCCCCAACAUCCCAUUCAUAGGCCUCAUAUCUGGUGGCUGUACAACAGCCAAACAUGUAGUUGCCUAUAAGUGGAAUAAGAAGGAGGAAAUAUCUGAGGAAGCUAAACAUAUCUUAUUAAAUACAGAAGAAUGUCGCAACUCGGAGAGCCCUACGCCUGGGACGGAACAGAGUUUGAAGACAUAA